AUGGGGAGUUUAUCAAGAUUGGAGCCCUGUCGCCGUUUGGAGUUUCCAGAUACCCCGCCCGAGCUGGAAAGUCCUGGUGCCUCGACCGUUUCUUCUAGAUCUUCUCCAUUAACGGAGCAAGGCUGGAUCCAGAGAAGCCCGGCUUCCCUUCCCAUGUCUAACUAUGACAAGGCCUCUAGUGCCGGCAGGCCGGUAGCAGUUGGCGGAGAGCAGCGCACCUGUCGUGGCAGACCGGAGUCGAGCAAUCAGGUUUCUUCUCGACAACAGCUUCCGUCAUUACACAGCCUCUUUGGCCCUCCAUCUGCCAUACGUCUUCAUUCCGCUUCGGAAAGAGAGACGGCUUAUCUUGCAAAAUCUUCUCUGGACCGUCCGGGCAUCUCACCAGGAGGCGGUUCCAGCACGAAUUCCUACCUAUCUUCCAUUUCUUCUCCUCCCGUCUCCCAGCCGCGCAGCACGUAUGAUGCUCGGUCAGAUACCCUUUCUCUGAUCCCUUCCUUCUCGGGGCCUCGGUCUCCCAAGUAUGGUGAACCGCAACGAAACAGAUCUGAUUCUCGACCUGAAUCAGCGAGUAGCAGAUGGUCGAUAAAACAAGAGGCAGGCAGGCAGGAGUACUCUUUGUCCUCCAAGGAUGCGUCGUUCCGCUCACCAGAAAAUCGCCUGAGAAUUCAGCUUCCUGCCUCAACGGACUACUCUGGUCCACCAACUGCGCAGCCAAGUUCAAACAUGCGUCCGACCCGGGAUAAUUCGGUUGUAUCCGAAGGCGCACCAACCAAGGACGGUCUGGGUCCCAAGAUAUGGACGGGAACUCAUUUCCUGCCUCGAUUUGUCCGUGCCUCCGAAGUACCUGGUGAGGGGCUGUGCUACUUCUAUGACGACGGAAGCCACUGCAAAACGGUGAUUGACGGCGAGGCCGUGAAUGCCCACUGGGGAGUCACAAAAGCAGGCAAACCCCGGAAGAGACUCGCUAUUGCCUGCAUCACUUGCAGAGAAAAGAAGAUAAAGUGCGAUCCCGAUUACCCCAGAUGUGUACAAUGCGAGAAGUUUGGGCGAAUUUGCAAGUUUAAAAAUGCGCCACGGGGCGGUCACAAUACAUCUCCUUCCACCCCGCCGGCAGAAUUGGAUGAGAAGAGCAAAGAUGGAAGUCUGAUCCGGCAGAGCGACGCAGGAUAUGCAGCCAGUGAACCAUCGUCUCCAGUUUCACCUCGGCCUUUGUUGCAUGAAGCGUCUCCGGAAAUAGGGUUUCCAAACAAGAGGCUCAAGACAGGCUCGGAUUCUCAUGUCGCAAAUGGCGAAGCAUCAACUGCUCUCGGCCAGACCAUGGAUCACUCCAAAUCAGUGCUUUCACCUCAACGACCCGCUUCUGAUAUGCCGCGAAUCCCGGAUGAUGUUCUGUAUAGAGCUUGGCGAACGGAUCCAUAUGAAUCUGAUCCCCAGUCCGUCAAUACUGUUCUCUCUCAUUUCUUCGGUCAUAUCGACAACACCAUGGUGAUUCGCUUUCUCCCCGAGGAUAUUUUCAAAACCUGGGUUACCAGCUCCGUCAAUCGCAAGUCCCCGGAUGACAUGAUGUUGCUGUACAGUGUGUUGGCCAUGGGGGCCGCUCUUUCUGCUGGACCUAGACAUGUUGCGUUUGAAUAUGCGCAAGUUGCCCACUUUGCCCAGAAGUUUGCGACGACCGCUUCGCUUCAACUGGUUCAAUGCAGAGUACUCCUUGCGCUGUACAAUGUCGCAGUAUCUCGAUUUUGGGAUGCCAAUGAGUUGAUAUCGUCUGCGACAGCGACUGGGUCUUGUCUCCAAUUAAACCAGGAAAUUGACCGCUCGAGAGAUGCAAGCUUAACUACGUAUCCCUUUGGUAUGAGCAGGACCGGCUAUGCAGAGUCACGACGGCGGACCUUGUGGUCGAUAUUCAUGCUUGAAAGACUGAGCCCCUUGUUUCCGGAUCGUGCGACCAUGAUACACGCCGAAGAUGUUUACAUUCGAUUGCCUUCGGACUCUGAGAGCUUCGAAAAGGAGGUGGAUGCAGGAAUGCCAUUUUUCAAUCCAUAUGAACGCAGUCCUACUGCCGCGAGCGGACGACCAACAGAAAUCGCCAGUCACCUCGUCGAGAUGGUCCACAUUUGGUCUUCCAGCCAGUCGACGAUCCAUCGAUUGGCCAGCAGACCGAGUGCUUCCGAUGCUGAAGGGCUGAGGAUUCGAAGCUUGAUAAAAAGAAUACACGAUUGGCAUAAUGGCUUGCCUAACAGGCUGGUUUUUAACGGUUCCAACCUCGAGUCUGCUGCGUUUGCUGGCAAAGUCGGUUCGUUUUUGACGAUGCAUCUGCUUCGCCAUCAUGCUCUCAUUCAACUAAACCGAUAUCAUUUGUCGGUUGGCAAGCUAUCCGUGGAGUAUCGUACGAGUCAUUUCCAAGAAUGCCAUGAAAAUGCAAAAGGCAUUGUCGAUAUCGUUUGCUGCUUGGAUCGGAUCCUGCGUGUCCGUCCCACCAUUUUGAGUACACCACCACCCACAAUGUCGAUUGCUGUAACAACUGCCAUGGACGUUUUGACUUCGAACGGGCCUCUGAGUGCCAUCAAUGACAUUGUUGACAGCUUGAAAGUUGCGAAGACGGCAGUUGAGAGCACUGCUAAGACUUGGGAGCACGCGCGUGCAUCUCAACUAGCCCUUGACCAGCGUCUGCAAAAAUUGUGCAGAAUUCGAGACAGAGGCACCCAACCUCUCAUGUCUGAAGACUAUAGGACCGGCAAUCUGUCAGGGAAUGCAUCGGAGCAUCGCUGGCAAAUUUACUGGCCUCUUGAGCGAACGUAUCCUAGUGAUAUGGAUGUGGUCUAUUGCUCUUACCAUUGA